CAACCAGAAAGCUUCUUCAGUUUUCAUAACAAGCUUCAACCGCUUGAACGUCGCUCGCGUCUGUCUCUUAAUCAUCAGCGAUUCUGUCAGGAGGAUAACAAAAAUGUGGAGCCCGGUAGUGCAUUCGACGAAAAACGAAACGGGUCCCGUACCUCGAACACGCUUCAAACACGCAAGCUGUGUUGAUCCCCAGAGACGAGUGGUUUAUUUACUCGGCGGACGCUCUUCCAAUAUCCCCCUCAAAGAUUUCUGGGUGAUGGAUCUCGAUACCGGUAUAUGGACGUCGCUGGGUAGCAAAGGGACGCCUUUGAAUGUUCAAGAGCAUUCGAUGGUCUACUGGAAUGACUGCGUCUACGUAUUUGGCGGGAUAUUUGCGCCAGCUGACGAAUGCCCACUGUGGACGUACACCAUUUCGGAUAAUACUUGGAGCAAAUGGCAAUCUAAAAAGAAUUGUGCUCCGAUUUCAAGGAAAGGUCACACGGCGGUUGUCUACGAGGAUCGUAUGUACGUUUAUGGAGGAUAUCAAGACAUGAGAGGAUCGCUCGGAGAACUAUGGGAAUUCUCUUUUAAGUCUCAUUCGUGGAAAAUGAUCCAUGGUGGUAAAGCGAAAAAAUCUUCCGAUGUUGUUCCACCACCUAGACACAGUCAUACUGCGGUUGUGUUUGACCAAGAAAUGUGGGUCUAUGGAGGAAUGACGGAUUUGGCGGAGAGAUCAGAUUUCUGGAGAUUAGACCUUGUCACUAUGCAAUGGACGUGUGUCAAAUGUAAGCCGUUGGGCCCAGGCCCACUACACGGUCACUCGGCAGUGAGGGUACGCUCUCAUAUGCUUGUGGUUGGUGGUGAAAAGCAAGGCAACUUAUCCGACGAAGUCUGGCGAUUUCACUUCGGGACCGAAACCUGGGAGCGUCUCGAAACAAAGCACCCAAGGCCGACUGCACGAACUCAGCUGACGACUAUCGCCCUUGAUGGAUCUUUCUUCGCCUCCAAUGAUGAUCCAAUCUAUUGCGAACGGGAGCAGUCUUGUGUGACGACGCCCAGUAAUACGGAAAGCCCCAAAAUACAAGAGGAGGACAACUCGCCUACCGAGUGCUCAACCAUUACUACGUCUAUGGCAAAUAAGUCACGUCCUCUUUUCAGCCGCAACCAUGGUUACCAGCUAGUCAAAAGGAAAGUAGAAGAUGAGACGAUGGAGUUCGCUCACCCCACAGCUUGGCUAACCAAGAGCAGUACAUAUUCCUUACUAAGCAAUGUCAGCACUGAUAGUUUCAUGUCGGAGCUGGAGGACAGAGCGCAAAAUCUCGUUAGACUGGACAACACCAAUAUGUGCGCAUCUCGCCGCCCGGGCCAAGUGCGCAGCGAAAGUGUCCAGAAUUUCAGAGAAUUUCCCAAAAUCCCGCGCUCUUUGACGACAGUCCGUUUUAAUCCUUUUGAUCCCAACAAAGAAAUGAUCCGCGUUCAAAGAGACGAAACCCUAGAUUUCACAACUUCAGACUACGCCAGCGAAAUUGACGAGCCAUUCAAUAACGCUUUCGUUGGAAUUUCAAAUCCGGUUUACACCGAAUUUUCCGCCUGCGUGGAGGACGGAGAUGAUGUACUGGGAGAGCACCGCAGUUUCGCCCAGGCGUUGAAUCCUUCCUUACUCACGAAAAAUUCCCGCAGCAUUCGUUUGCGAAAUGAUGUGCUGACUCAGCUACAUCGCCUCCAACACAUAGUGAACGACAAACGAGCCCCAAGUGUAGCAUCUCCGAAUUCUUCUGAUGGCUCUUGUUCGGAAGCGAAACGGGGCGGUCUCAAUUCCUUAGCUCAUCACAAUGAAGAAUGCUGGUCCAUUCUUAUGUUAGGUGGGAGGGAACCAGUUCAAUUAACUAUUUUUGAUAGACCUCUCUCAAUUUGGAUGUUCCGGAUGUAAUUCGUCCCACUCAAUCAAGUCAGACUAUCUAUUUUAUUUAUUUAUGACAGAACCCAUUGAAGAUUAAUAGUUUUCUAUAUUUAUUUAGAACCUUGUUCAUGUAGCAAAACGUUCUUGUGUAAUAGUAUUUUGCUUAGGAUGUAACGAGGCAUUUAUUCUUAUACUGCAUAUACUGAUCAAGUAGGUUCGCAUCCAUUUCUCCAGGAUUCUCUCGUCGGUAGUCCCAUAUUGAUAUUUCAUUCAGUCCAAGUGUAAAAGAUGGCCUUUAUUGAUGAUGUAGAAUAUGACACACAGAUCUGAUAUCCCUACAUAAAUUCGAAAAAUGAUUCAUCGAUUACUAUUUGAAAAUUUAAUGAUCACGAUAAGGACACUGAAUGUUUGAUUGCUUCUUUUAUGAUUGCAUUAUCAUAAACAUGACGUACUUGUACCCAGAAGAGAAGUUAAUCAGGAAAUCGGAGAAAAUUUGUGUGUUUCAAAUUGUAAUAUGAUAUUAUGUAAUUGAAAUUCUUCAGUUCAAUGUAGCGCUAAUUAUUUUCCAAAAAAUAUCUGGUAAUGUAAUAGUAAAUCCAUAUGUCUGCCAUUUAUGGGUCCAAUUUGGCAAUUUCCCAACUGGUCUCGUGUACAUGAUUUCUCGAAUGUCCUAAACUAUUUUCUUAAUAGA